AUGGAGCUGGUUGCUGGAUGCUACGAGCAGGUCCUUUUUGGAUUCGCUGUACACCCGGAGCCCGAGGCAGACGGCCACCACGAGAAAUGGGCUCCUGUGGCCGACUUCACCCACCACGCCCACACUGCCUCCUUGUCAGCAGUGGCUGUCAACAGCCGCUUCAUAGUCACCGGGAGCAAAGAUGAAACCAUUCACAUUUAUGACAUGAAAAAGAAAGUAGACCAUGGGGCGCUCAUGCAUCACAAUGGCACGAUAACUUGCCUGAAAUUCCAUGGCAACAGGCACUUGAUCAGCGGGGCUGAGGACGGCCUCAUUUGUGUCUGGGACGCAAAGAGAUGGGAGUGCCUGAAGUCGAUCAGAGCUCACAAAGGACACGUGACCUUCCUUUCCAUUCACCCGUCCGGCAAGUUGGCCCUGUCUGUGGGUACAGAUAAGACACUGAGAACAUGGAACCUUGUGGAAGGAAGAUCGGCAUUUAUAAAAAACAUAAAACAAAAUGCUCACAUAGUGGAAUGGUCCCCAAAAGGAGAGAAAUACGUAGUUGUCAUACUGAACAGAAUAGAUGUCUAUCAGCUUGACACUGCAUCCGUCAGUGGCACCAUCACAAAUGAAAGGAGAGUGUCUUCUGUUACGUUUCUUUCAGAAUCUGUCCUCGCAGUGGCUGGAGAUGAAGAGGUUGUAAGGUUUUUUGACUGUGAUUCCCUAACAUGCCUCUCUGAGUUUAAAGCUCAUGACAACAGGGUAAAAGACAUGUUCAGUUUUGAAACUCCAGAGCAUCACGUUCUUGUUACAGCAUCGAGCGAUGGUUUCAUCAAAAUGUGGAAGCUUGCACAGGACAAGGUCAUUUCCCCAUCUCUAUUGUGUGAAGUAAACACGAACGCGAGGCUGACAUGUCUUGGGGUGUGGCUGGACAGAGGGACAGACACUAAAGAAAGCCUGCCUGCUGCCGCCGAGCCUGCUCCUAUAAGUAAAGAACAGUCCAGAAGCAACAAAGAGGAAUCUGGCCAGGCAAUCCAGGAGGAAGAAAGGCAGCCAAAACCAGACGCAGAGAAAUGUAGCUUAACUGGUGACAGUAAUAAGCCAACGAAGGGAAACAGCCUGGUGUCAGCCAAGAAGAGAAAAACGGUGGAAAUGUCGGAGAAAAAGAGAAAAAAGAAGAAAAUAUGA